UUGACACCCCCAAACACACUGAUAGCAGCUUUCCUUCUGCUCACCUAGGAUCUCAUUUUUGUCUCACUGCCAUAAAUCUAUAUAUUUCAAUCCAAGUUCCUUUUUCCUUUUUAUUGGGUUUACAUGUAGUUCCCUACCCUUCGUCGAUCCCUUCUGUAAAAUUAGCGUUUUUCCUCUCAGAAUUGAAUUAGGUUAAAAAUGUCUUCUUCGUCGAUCAAAACAAUGUCAUCUUCUCUUAAACUUAAACUCCCCACCGCCACGAGAGGUACAGGUCGAACACAUGCCUUAGGAAGGAGGGUUGAUUUCAAUGGAAUCAAUAGAGAAAUUGCAAAAUCUGGCCUGGUUGUUAAGUCUAGCAUGCCAUUUCAACCGUUGAUGAUCAAAAGUAGAAGUUUAAGCAAGUGUUGUUCCAUAAGCGGAGGAGGAGGAGGAGCGCAAAGCGAAACUGUAACCCUAGAGACGCCAGAUGUUGUUGUAUCUCCCUUUAUCGGGAAACAGAAGGAUCCUGUAUUAGAUGAUGGCGGGUCAGGAUUCGGUGGUGGUAAUGAACCUCCACCGUAUUAUCGUGGUGGAGGUGGUGGCGGCGGCGGCGGGUUUUCUUUAGGUGGAAGUUUUUCAUGGGGAGCGUUUUGGUUUUUCCUUGUUGUUCAGUUUCUGAAAUUCUUUCUGAUGAAGAAUAAAGAAAGCGAAGAACGGUAUACGAUUGUUACAGGUAGGAGAAAAACAAUUCGGCACUAUUUGGAUUAUUGAAUUAUGGAAAUUGAGGUAUGAAAUUCAUGAAUUAGGGUUGCAAAAUGUAUUCAAUAUCUAGUGGGUUAUGAUUUCUGAUACUUCGAAUCCUUGAACUGCAUUAAUAUAUAAGUACGAAUUGUGUGAAUUUUGCAUUACGCAACUAAAGAUGUUUGUCACCAGAAACUAAAUUUUGAUUAGCAAUGUUAUUACAUAUAAUUUAGAUUAUGCAACAAAUUAACCCUGCAGUAAAUGUUGCGCUGCAACUACUAUGUAAUGCAUUGCUGUUAUCAAGUGUUUGCAGGCAGAAACCUGUUUUGGUGAAGGGUUUCUGCCAAGUUGAUUUUACUA